AUGGCUCUCCUCUUCCGUGCUCCAUCCUUUACCGGUAACCUCAACGCUCUCCGGCGGACCACGCUCUCCGAGCGUCCAAGUCCAAGCAUCCGCUUCAGCGCGCAAGCAGCUCCCACACGGAGAACGGCCAAUUACCAGCCAAACUUAUGGAGUGACGACCGGAUACAGGCACUCACAAGCCGCUCCGUCACGGUCGAAGAGGAGCGCAAGACUAACGGGAUAGAUGAUUUGAAGGAGGAUGUUAGGAAACUGAUAUAUGAGAAGAAGGAAGUCGAGGACCAACUUCAACUCGUGGAUCACCUACAACAGCUUGGUGUGGCUUAUCACUUCAAAGAUGAUAUCGAUGAUGUUUUACGGUGCCUUUACGGAUCUCUCGAAGACAUCAACAUGCUUUUAAAAGAUGAUCUCCAUGCCACGGCACUUGGGUUCAGGCUUCUCAGAGAAAACGGGUUCGAUGUUUCCGAAGAUUUAUUCAACAGAUUUAGAGACGAGAAGGGCGACUUCAAAGCUAGCCUGCAGCACGAGACCAAGGGAAUCCUGAGCUUGUAUGAGGCUUCCUAUGUCGCAAAGGAGGGCGAACUUGUACUGGAUCAAGCUACGGACUUCACCACUAAGCACCUCAAAUGCCUCAUGGAGGAGGGAUCGCUCGAGCCUCGUCUCAGGGAGCAUGUGGCACACGCCUUGGAGAUUCCACUGCAUUGGAGGAUGCAGAGGUUGCACACCAGGUGGUUCAUAGAAGCAUACCAAAGGGAAGCCACCAUGAACCCUGUUGUGCUUGAAUUGGCUAAGCUGGACUUCAACGUGGUUCAGGGCAUGUACAAGGGAGAACUCCGAGAACUCUCCAGAUGGUGGACCAAUCUCGGGCUUGCACAGAAGCUGUCAUUUUUCAGAGACAGGUUGACGGAGAACUUUCUGUGGACCGUAGGUUCUGCCUUUGAGCCACAAUUUUGGGAGUGCAGGGAGAUACAGACAAAGGCAAACUGCUUAAUAGCAAUGCUGGAUGACGUUUAUGAUAUCUACGGCACCUUGAACGAACUCGAGCUUUUCACCGAAGCCAUUGAAAGAUGGGAUGCUAAUAAGAUCGACAAGCUUCCCGAUUACAUGAAGCUGUGUUUUCUGGCAAUCUUCAACGCGGCAAACGAGACAGACACAUUAAUUCUUUCUUCCUUUCCUUUGUACAUCAAUCACCUGGUUUCUUCUCUCUAUACAAACUCUCUACUCCUCGUGGUUCAGUGGACGGAUCUAUGCAAAGCGUUCCUGUUGGAAGCGAAAUGGUACAACCAGGGCCACAAGCCAAAGCUUGACGAGUACUUGGACAACGCGUGGAUGUCGUCCGGCGGUCAUGUCUUCAUGACCAAUGCUUAUUGCAUGAGCGACAACCUGACGAAAGAGUCGCUGGAAAGCUUCUCCACUUACCCCAAGGUUGCUAGGUGUUCGGCCAUGCUGUUCCGCCUCUACAACGAUUUGGCUACUUCGACGGUACGUCAAGCUAAACCAUGGAAGCCGUACACAUGUUCUCCCUCAUCUGUGCUUCUCACCGGCGCUAACAAAUCCUAUGGUCGGUGUGCAGAUCGAGCUGGAAAGAGGAGAUGCGCCGUCGUCGAUCCAGUGCUACAUGCUGGAGAGUGGUGUUCCAGAGACGGCGGCACGCAAAAAGAUCAGGGAACUGAUAAAGGCCAACUGGAGAGGAAUAAAUGGAGAUCGGAGCUCUUCGUAUGGGGAAAUCUUCAAGACGGUGGCAGUCGGCCUCCCUCGGAUGUCACAGUUCAUCUACCAACACGGAGACGGAUACAGCGCACCCGAUGGAGAGACCAAGAAACAAAUCAUGUCGUUGCUGUUCGAACCCCUCCAGCUCUCGAAAUUGUAAGCUCGCUGUAA